AUGAUGACUGCUCCAGAAGCUGUCAAGAAGAAGCAAAAUUAUACUAGUGUGCAUGAGGCAGUGAAAGCUGGUGAUGUAGAACAGCUUGCAUCAAUGAUAAAAAGUGGAGCUGGUAUUAACAAGGUGGAUUUAAUCCACAAAUUCACACCGUUGCACUGUGCUGCACACUCUGGAAGUCUGGAGUGCCUUCACUGGUUGCUCUGGCAGGGAGCUGACGCAGCACAGGUGACAGCCGGGGGCUGGACAGCAGCUCACCUCGCGGCCAUCCGAGGUCAGGAUGCUUGCAUGCAGGCUUUGUUGACAAAUGGAGCAAACGCGGAAGCUCAGGAUGACCGUGGGUGCACGCCGUCCCACCUAGCUGCAGCCCACGGGCAGUCUUACACCUUACAAACCAUUCUGCGAAGCGGAGCGAAUGUGAAUGUUUCAGACAGGAAUGACUGGAAGCCUGUUCAUUAUGCUGCUUUUCAUGGUCGCUUGGGGUGUUUGCAGCUUCUUGUAAGAUGGGGAGCCUGUGUAGAUGAUGUGGAUAGCAAUGGAAACCUCCCAGCUCAUCUGGCAGCAAUGGAAGGACACUUGCAUUGCUUUAAGUUCUUGGUCAGUAAAAUGGCCAGUGUCAUGCGCACACUGAAAGCCAGGAAUGACCAAGGAGAGACUCCGAGGGACUUGGCUGAACGGUUCUAUAAAGAUAAUAUUCUGCAAUAUAUCGACAGUGUGGAAAAUGAGGAAGAGCAACCAGAGACACAGGAGGUUUUAGCUUUCCCAGCUCAUGGCGCUGCUUUCAAAGGGGACUUGUUAGUGCUUAGAAGAUUAGUGAGAAGUGGAGUAAUCAAUAUUAAUGAGCGGGAUGAUAAGGGAUCCACUCUCAUGCACAAAGCUGCUGCACAGGGGCAUGUCCAUUGCUUACGGUGGUUGCUUGACAUGGGAGCUGACAGUGACAUCACAGAUGAUGCUGGAGAGACUCCAAAGGAUGUAGCAAAGAGAUUUGCCCAGCUGGCAGCUGUGGAACUUUUGACAGAAAGAACUGGAGACAGUAACUCUAGUGAUGAAGAACUAGAUGCAAACAACAUAAAGUUUUUUGAAAGACAUGGUGUGGAAGGGAGUACAGAUAGCAAAGAAGAUUUAACCCUGGAUAAAGCUGAGAAAAGGAACGCACGCAUAAGGGCCUAUCACAAGAUUCAAGAACUUCAGCAACUUCUGGAAAUUGCCUACAGCAACUACAGACAGCUGGGAGGAAUAACUGAGGAGGAGAAGAAGGUGAAAAAAGAAGAAAGGGAAGUUGAGAAGGCUGUGAGGGAGCUGGAGGCCCAGCUGGAAUAUGAGCGAGUCAGGCGGGAGAAGCUGGAGAGCCAGCUGGACGGCUACCGUGCCGAGAUACGCCGCCUUAGAGAGAGCCUGGAGAACACCCGCCUUCCCGCUGCUCUGCCCCCCGAAGCUGGCACCAUCUCCAAGUCUUGCAAAGAGAAAAAGAAAGUAAAGAAGAAACCAGCCUGCAGCCCUGGAGGAGCACUGGUGAGACUGCGCUGA